AUGCGCUCAGAGAGACUCUUAAAAAAAAGCCGGUCACGUGGCCCAACAGGCCCAAAGGUCCAUCAAUAUCUCCUCAUUCGGCCUAGAGCUGCGAGCGCUUCUCGGCAAAGCGCUUGGACGGACAUGGGCGGCGCCGCCGUAGCCUUGCUCGCCGCCACUAGACGACGCUCCAUCCCGCUUGUUACCUCCUCGCUCCCUCGUGCUGCGCGCGGUCUCCACGAGGCUGCAGCGGCGGCGGGGGAGGACAAGGCGAGGACGCGCCGGCGGAGGAGCAGUAGCAGCAGCUUUCUUGGACCAGACAUCACCGACACCUGGGAUCCACCCCCGCGCCCCGCGGCGAGCCCGCUUCCCCCGCGAGCCGCCGGAGUUGAUUAUGAGUCCACGGCAACCAUUAUCGAUGGCAAGUCCAUUGCAGAGGACAUAAGGUUACAGGUUGCUGAGGAGGUUCUUCAAAUGAAAAAUGCAGUCGGACAUGUUCCUGGCCUUGCUGUCGUAUUGGUAGGCGAUAGAAAGGACUCUCAGUCCUACGUGAGAUUUAAAGUAAAGGGUUGUGAGGAAGUCGGAAUAAAAUCUUUGCUGGCAGAGUUGCCUAGGAACUGCACAGAAGAUGAGGUGGUGGAUUCGGUGUCAAGAUUCAAUGAAGACCCAUCCGUUCAUGGCGUCCUUGUUCAGCUACCACUACCACAACAUAUGGAUGAAGAAAAGAUUCUCAACGCCAUUAGCCUAGACAAGGAUGUUGAUGGUUUCCACCCCUUAAACGUUGGUAAUCUUGCCCUUAGAAGCCGGAAACCUUUGUUUGUUUCCUGUGCUGCAAAGGCUUGCCUUGAAUUAUUGCUCCAAUCUGGUAUUGAUCUCAUGGGAAAGCAUGUGACUAUUAUCGGGAGAAGCAAAGUUGUUGGAUUACCCACUUCCUUACUUUUACAGAGACAUCACGCUACUGUAAGUGCUAUCCAUGCCUACACAGAAAAUCCAGAGGAGAUUACUCGUGGAUCUGACAUUGUGAUCUCAGCUGCUGGAGUGGCCAACCUUGUAAGAGGAAGUUGGUUAAAGCAAGGUGCAGUUGUGAUUGAUGUUGGGACAAAUCCAGUGGAGGAUCCAGCCAGUGAUUUUGGCUAUCGAUUAACUGGAGAUGUCUGCUUCGAAGAAGCAGUGAAUGUGGCUUCUGCUAUAACUCCAGUUCCAGGCGGAGUGGGACCAGUCACCAUUGCAAUGCUUCUUGCCAACACACUUGACUCGGCCAAACGAGUUUAUGGCUUGAGUGACUGA